CCCCACAUAUGCCAUUCGACUUUGUUUAAGUCAAUAAGGUUCACCUUUUAUUGGAUCAAGUCUAAUGGGAAUCGAUAAAAACAAUAGGACGGUAUUUCCGGUAGACCAUUAAUUGAGCAAUUUCAAUUAGUCGAUAUGGAGUGACAUCGCCAUCAAACCAAAAACCUCUACAAUUAUACAAAGGCGACAAUCAAAUCACUUUGCACCUAAAGGUGGUAUUUAGAGUCAGAGAAAUUGAGUUUAAUUGGUUCCGACGCGACGGAACGACCCAGCCUUCAUCUUGGCUCGCAAGGAUUGGCCUUAAUUGAAAUUGAAGCAAAAGUCAGUCGUCCUUCCAGCCACCCAAGGCCAGACAUGUACCAUCUAUAAACGGGUAACAUAUGAUCACCAACAAGAAACUCCUGUACAGGAAACCGACAGGGGACUUUCUAAACAAAAAAGGCGGGUCUAACACCAAACAUGACGAUCAUUAAAAUGGGGAACAGCGACAAAAUGUCAAAGGACGAUCUCGACGACGCAACCGUGGCAGGGGCCGUGAAUGCUUUCGGUGACGAGACUUCGUUACACGGGCUAAGGUAUCUAAUCGGCCGUGGUCAUCUGCUGUUUCGUAUAUGCUGGCUAGCCAUCGUUGUUCUCGCUUUCGGCCUCCUCGUCAUCCAGGCGAAAACCGUCUACGACGAUUUCAAAAGCUCGCCGUACUCGACCAGGAUUGAGAUAGUUUCUGAGGUCGUGAAGACCUUCCCGGCUGUCACAGUGUGCAACGACAAUAAGAUGCGAAGAUCACAGCUCUAUGACACAAAAUACAAAGGCCUUGUGGACAUUGACGACGGUGAUUUACCCGAAUCAACAACAGAGAGCUCGGGGAGAUCAGAAGACUCGACUGGUGCUGCCUGGCACAAUGUCCAUGACGAAUACGACUGGAAGGGCUUCUAUACUGCAUCGCAAGCCGACGACUUAAGCGACUUUAUCAACGUGGUCAACCCAUCUAAGGACGAGCUCAACGACUACGGACAUACCCUUGAAGACUUCGUGAUCCAAUGCACCUACAAUCAGAAAACAUGCAAUCUGAGCAAGGAUUUUACAGUCCUGCAGAACCGGCAUUACGGAAACUGUUUCACUUUCAACUUUGGCGGAGAUGCCAAUCAUCAAACAGUGAUGACAAGCAAAACAGGCGCAAGAUAUGGUUUACACAUGACCCUGAUGAUUGACGAAGAUGAGUACAUGGGCCUCCUGGCUCCAAACCGUGGCGCCAAAAUUGUCAUCCACGCCCCUAAUACCAUGCCCUUUCCCGAAGAUGACGCCAUCAACCUCGCAACCGGAAGUGCCACUUACAUCGGGCUGCGAGAGGAGGUCAUAGAGCGUCUGCCGAGAUUUUCACAAUGUUCGGAUGUGGAGAGUGCCACUGUCUUUUCGAAUUCCAGUACCAACUACACUGUUCGAUGCUGCCUGAGUAUGUGUUACCAGCAGAACUUGGUGGAUCGAUGUGGCUGUGUAGACGACAUCGUAUUUGAUUACAAGCAAUGCAGUGUAAUCAAUGACACGGAAAUGGCAUGUGUCUCUGAAGUCCAAGCCCUUUACAUCAAUGAUGAUCUGCACUGUAACUGUCCCCUGCCUUGCCAAGAGACGAACUACAGAGCAUCGAUAUCAUCAGCAGACUGGCCAUCAGAGCGGUUCAGGAGUCAUCUUGUGCGAAAGUUUGAAUUCGAUCCCAAACUGCGUUCUAUCUUAGCACAAGAAGAAAUGUCCGCGAAAAAUAUGAUUCGUGUGAUGAUCUACUUCGAAACUUUGAACGUGGAGAGAGUUGAGCAAGUACCUCGAUAUACAAUCCCAAACAUCUUGGGUAAUAUAGGUGGGCUAAUGGGUCUCUUUACCGGUAUGUCAUUCAUCAGUUUGUUUGAGGUCGCCUUUCUACUGCUCCGAAUCUCAAAGAUUACUUUCACCAAACUCUUCAUGGCCAACCGAGUGAAGUCGAUUGCGACCUGAUAGUACGAUCUAAGAUGGAUUUUUGUGCAAUAUUAUUAUUAAGAAUAAAGAUAAUGAUACUCCGAAUGUUAAUGAAAAAAAUAAUUAAAAAGUAUUUGUACUAUUGACAUACCCUGAAUGAAUCUUUUUUGAUUUUAGGUUGCAGUAUUAAUGCGAUUUGUUUGCCAAUGGUAAAUCUAGCAAUAUGCAUGCCUCAUGACUUCAUGUUUUUAGAAGAUGAAAAAGUCUACCAAACAAAGCAAAGAAAGAGAGAGAGAGACCUGAGAAGAAAAUUGUUUUAAUUUGUUUUUUUUUACAGUUUUGACUUUACGCGAACAUAACCAGUUCUACAUUUUACAAUUAAUACACUGCAAGAAUUGGCAGGAUAUGUAUUUACUAAAAGGUUAAAACAAUAAAAUGUAUCAAUUAACUUGUACGUACUAUAGCAAAACUUCAUAUAAAACCAUAUUCGUUACAUAGCUGUAUCAUAUAGAUAUUACGUAACUUUCGUUUUUAGCAGAGCAUUGAAAAGCGAAUAUUGUUGGUUUUAUUUGGUGCAGCUUUAAGUCAAACAGUUAUAUCCUAUUGUUAUUUGUCAUGGUUUUUUCUUUUAUAAAAAAGGG